AUGUCUUCCACUUUUUUAAUCGAGAAACUCAAGAUUUCAUUUCCUGGAGAGACUUUCAUAGCUAGGGGUGGCCCAAGGAUAUCAUCAUCCAAUGAUCAAACCUACUAUGGCAAAUCCGGUACUCCAAGCGAGGUAGAACAAUACCGCGCAGAAAUACGAAGCCUGCAGCUUAUGUCAGCUGCUGCGCCGGGCUUAUGCCCAAGUGUGGUUUCUGCUUCACACGAAGGGAGACCCUACCUAAUUAGUGACUACCUUGAAUUGUCCAGUCUGGCUUCUUCUGCCGGUGCUUCCACUAUUCUUGCUCGUAGAUUAGCGUCCGAGCUCCAUGGAGCUAAAUCUAACAAUGGCAAGUUUGGCUUCGAAUGCCCCACAUUUUGCGGUGCAACAAAAAUCGACAACGGGUGGUAUAGCACCUGGGCAGACGCAUACAAUGCAAUGAUUGGCGGACUGCUAGAUAAAUUAGAAAAGCAAGAAUCUUACAAAAAACUAUGUAGAACUGGGCGGGAGGUUCAACAAAGGGUAAUUCCUCACUAUCUGGGUGAUCGCCUAAAAGGGGUAGAGCCAGUGCUUUGUCACGGAGAUCUAUGGAGCGGCAAUGUGGGAGUAGACUCUGAAGGGAAUCCAGCGAUAUUCGAUCCGUCAAGCUACUAUGGACACAAUGAAUCAGACCUUGCGAUUGGGAGAAUGUUUGGUGGCUUUUCAGCUGUAUUCUAUGAGCAAUACCAUUUAAUCCGGCCAAAGUCUGAGCCGUUGGAAGAAUACGAUCAACGAGUCAAACUAUAUCAGCUUUUCCACUACUUGAAUCAUACUGUGCUAUUUGGCAGCGGAUAUGCCAAUCAGGCAAUGAAUCUGGCAACUCAACUGCUCAAAUCCCUCCCAUUGUAA